CUCCCGCCAGGUCCCGGGGCGUAGGCGGGCUCCGGGAGUCUGGGGCUUCUGAAUUCGGGUCUUCUGUAGGGCUGCGGCGAGACUACGUCCCAUAGUCCCGCGGCCCGGCCUCGGGGCAGCCAUGGACUCGCAGGAGUUGAAGACUUUGAUUAAUUACUAUUGUCAAGAAAGGUAUUUCCAUCAUGUGUUACUGGUUGCCAGUGAAGGAAUUAAGAGGUAUGGAAGUGACCCAGUCUUCAGGUUUUAUCAUGCCUAUGGCACAUUAAUGGAAGGUAAAACUCAAGAAGCUCUUCGAGAAUUUGAGGCUAUUAAAAAUAAACAAGAUGUAUCACUUUGUUCUCUAAUCGCACUGAUAUACGCCCAUAAAAUGAGUCCUAAUCCAGAUAGAGAAGCUAUUCUGGAAUCAGAUGCCAGAGUGAAGGAGCAACGUAAAGGAGCUGGAGAGAAAGCCUUAUACCAUGCAGGCUUAUUUUUAUGGCACGUUGGUCGCCAUGAUAAAGCGAGAGAGUAUAUUGACAGAAUGAUCAAAAUGUCAGAUGGUAGUAAACAGGGACACAUUUUGAAAGCAUGGCUUGAUAUUACAAGAGGAAAAGACGCUUACACUAAAAAAGCACUGAAGUAUUUUGAAGAGGGACUCCAAGAUGGGAAUGAUACUUUUGCUCUGCUGGGUAAGGCACAAUGCCUGGAGAUGAGGCAGAAUUAUUCAGGUGCUCUAGAGACUGUGAACCAGAUAAUCGUGAACUUCCCGAGCUUCCUUCCUGCUUUUGUUAAGAAAAUGAAGUUGCAACUAGCCUUGCAAGACUGGGACCAGACAGUUGAGACAGCACAAAGGUUGCUGCUCCAAGAUAGCCAAAAUGUGGAAGCGCUGAGAAUGCAGGCACUCUACUAUGUGUGUAGGGAGGGGGAUAUAGAGAAGGCUUCUACUAAACUGGAAAAUCUGGGAAAUGCGUUGGAUGCUGUGGAACCACAGAAUGCUCAGCUCUUCUAUAACAUUACCCUCGCCUUCAGCAGAACUUGUGGACGUAGUCAACUCAUUCUUCAAAAAAUUCAAACGUUACUUGAGAGAGCUUUUAGUUUAAACCCUCAGCAGUCACAAGUUGCUACAGAACUUGGAUACCAAAUGAUUUUGCAAGGAAGAGUUAAAGAGGCACUGAAGUGGUAUAAGACCGCCAUGACACUUGAUGAGACUAGUGUGCCUGCACUAGUUGGAUUGAUCCAGUGUCAAUUAAUAGAAGGGCAAUUACAAGAUGCAGAUCAGCAGCUAGAAUUUUUAAAUGAAAUUCAGCAGUCCAUUGGAAAAUCUGCGGAAUUAAUAUAUUUACAUGCUGUUCUUGCCAUGAAGAAAAAUAAGCGACCAGAAGAAGUUAUUAAUAUUUUAAAUGAUGUCCUGGACACUCAUUUUUCACAAUUAGAAGGUUUACCUCUAGGCAUACAAUACUUUGAAAAGCUAAAUCCUGAUUUCUUGUUAGAAAUUGUGACGGAAUAUCUGAGCUUCUGUCCAAUGCAACCUGCAAGUCCCGGGCAACCUCUUUGUCCCCUUCUCAGGCGUUGUGUCUCAGUCCUGGAGACUGUAGUAAGAACCGUACCAGGUCUUCUGCAAACUGUCUUCCUCAUAGCAAAAGUGAAAUAUUUGUCAGGUGAUAUUGAAGCAGCUUUUAAUAACCUUCAGCAUUGCUUAGAACACAAUCCCUCUUAUGCCGAUGCUCAUCUGCUGCUAGCUCAGGUUUACUUGUCUCAAGAAAAAAUCAAAUUGUGUUCUCAGUCUCUUGAACUUUGUCUGAGCUAUGAUUUUAAGGUAAGAGAAUAUCCUUUAUAUCAUUUGAUAAAAGCUCAGUCACAGAAGAAAAUGGGAGAAAUAGCAGAUGCAAUUAAAACACUCCAUAUGGCAAUGAGUUUACCAGGAAUGAAAAGAAUUGGAGCUUCCACAAAAUCAAAAGACAGAAAAACUCAAGUUGAUACAAGCCAUCGUUUAUCGAUCUUUCUUGAACUGAUAGAAGUUCACCGCUUAAAUGGAGAGCAGCAUGAGGCAGCAAAAGUUUUACAAGAUGCCAUCCAUGAAUUUUCUGGAACAUCUGAAGAAGUGCGUGUUACCAUUGCUAAUGCAGACCUGGCUCUGGCCCAAGGAGAUACUGAGCGGGCUUUAAGCAUCCUUCGAAAUGUUACAGCCGAACAGCCUUAUUUUAUAGAGGCCAGAGAAAAAAUGGCAGAUAUUUAUCUGAAGCACAGAAAAGAUAAAAUGUUAUAUAUCACUUGUUAUAGAGAAAUUGCUGAAAGAAUGCCCAACCCUCGGUCUUUUCUUCUCCUUGGUGAUGCAUACAUGAAUAUUCUAGAGCCUGAAGAAGCCAUAGUAGCAUAUGAGCAAGCAUUAAAUCAGAACCCAAAAGAUGGAACACUGGCAAGCAAAAUGGGGAAAGCACUUAUCAAAACUCACAACUACUCAAUGGCUAUCAGUUACUAUGAAGCUGCUCUGAAAAGUGGACAGAAGAAUUAUCUUUGCUAUGAUCUGGCUGAGCUCUUACUAAAAUUGAAAUGGUAUGACAAAGCAGAAAAAGUUCUUCAACAAGCUCUGGCUCAUGAACCUGUAAAUGAACUGUCAGCUCUCAUGGAGGAUGGACGUUGUCAAGUUCUUCUAGCAAAAGUUUAUAGUAAAAUGGAAAGACCUGGUGAUGCAAUCACGGCAUUACAACAGGCUCGAGAAUUACAAGCUCGGGUACUAAAACGUGUUCAGAUGGAACAGCCAGAUGCAGUUCCUGCACAGAAACGUUUAGCAGCUGAAAUUUGUGCAGAGAUUGCAAAACAUUCUGUUGUUCAGCGAGACUAUGAAAAAGCAAUUAAGUUUUAUAGAGAGGCCCUGGUUCAUUGUGAAACAGAUAAUAAGAUUAUGCUGGAACUGGCACGAUUAUACCUGGCACAAGAUGACCCUGAUGCCUGCCUGCGGCAGUGUGCUGUGCUGCUUCAGAGUGACCAGGAUAAUGAAGCUGCCACCACGAUGAUGGCCGAUCUCAUGUUCAGAAAACAAGACUACGAACAAGCAGUGUUCCAUUUACAGCAGCUUUUAGAACGUAAGCCAGAUAAUUAUAUGACAUUAUCUCGUUUGAUUGAUCUCCUAAGAAGAUGUGGAAAACUUGAGGAUGUCCCAAGAUUUUUCUCAAUGGCUGAGAAAUGUAACUCCAGAGUGAAAUUGGAGCCAGGAUUUCAGUAUUGUAAAGGACUAUAUCUUUGGUACACUGGAGAACCAAAUGAUGCCCUUCGACAUUUUAAUAAAGCUCGGAAAGAUAGUGACUGGGGCCAAAAUGCCCUUUACAAUAUGAUAGAAAUCUGUUUGAAUCCGGAUAAUGAAACAAUUGGAGGUGAAGUAUUUGAAAAUCUGGAUGGAGACCUGGGUAAUUCAACUGAGAGGCAAGAAUCUGUCCAAUUGGCAGUGAGAACAGCAGAAAAACUUCUUAAGGAACUAAAACCUCAGACUGUUCAGGGUCAAGUACAGCUUCGCGUAAUGGAAAACUAUUGCUUAAUGGCUACCAAACAGAAAUCUAAUGUUGAACAAGCAUUAAAUACCUUCACUGAAAUAGCAGCAUCUGAGAAGGAUCAUAUCCCGGCACUCUUGGGAAUGGCAACGGCUUAUAUGAUCUUGAAACAGACUCCACGAGCCAGAAACCAGCUGAAGCGUAUUGCAAAAAUGAAUUGGAAUGCUAUUGAUGCCGAAGAGUUUGAAAAGAGUUGGCUGCUACUUGCUGAUAUUUACAUUCAAUCAGCAAAAUACGAUAUGGCAGAAGAACUAUUAAAACGGUGCCUGCGUCAUAAUAGAUCUUGCUGCAAAGCUUAUGAAUAUAUGGGAUACAUUAUGGAAAAAGAGCAAGCAUAUACAGAUGCUGCCUUAAACUAUGAGAUGGCGUGGAAAUAUAGCAAUCAGACAAAUCCGGCAGUAGGAUACAAACUGGCAUUUAAUUACUUAAAAGCAAAAAGAUAUGUGGAUUCGAUUGAUGUAUGUCACCAGGUUCUUGAAGCACAUCCAACUUAUCCAAAAAUCAGAAAGGAUAUACUUGAUAAGGCCCGUGCCUCUUUAAGACCUUGAAAAUAAUUUUAACGUAGGUUGUUGGUUUAACAGGAAAUAAAAGAAAUCUUUCAGUUCUUCCUGUUCAAACAGAUUUGAGCUCAAUGCUUUGUUGUUAGAGGUAUACCCUUUUUCUCCAGCAGAGGUUGCUGCUGUACAUCAAGAGAAGUACUCAGUGAAAUUGGUGUUUUCUAAUGGAGUUGAAUGAGAGCUGGUCUGUUUGACUCUGAUUAGGUACAGAUUUGGUGACUCUGUGAUAAAGACUAUAACCAUUUAUAUAAACAAUAUUUUGUUUAAAUCUGAGUGAUUAAAUACCCUCUGUCUUUUCUAAGGAAUAUUUAUUUCAGGAAAUAUAUUUAAAAUGCAUUGUUCUCUGUUAAAA